AUACAGGGACGACCCUUUCCAUCAGAGUCAUAUUCCCUGGCUGCACAGCUCCAACCCCGGCCUGGAGAGGGUGAGCGCCAUCGUUUGGGAGGGAAACGAGUGCAAGAAGGCCGACAUGUCCGUCCUAGAGAUCAGUGGAAUGAUCAUGAACAGAGUGAACCUCUACACUCCUGGUAUUGGCUACCAGGUGUUUGGGAACCUGGUCUCAGUCACACUUGGACUCACACCGUUUGUCUACAGGUUGAUCCAAUACUGCGACCUGGAUCAGUUCACCACGCUUUCAGCCAAUGAGAUACUCUCUGUAGUUUUGGGGGGAGGCUCUGAAUCUGAUGCCUUGGUGAUCACCAUGGUAACACUCAGCUUUCUGGUGCGUGUUUGCCUUAUAUGGCUCUUCUUCUUCCUGCUCAGCGUAGCAGAGAGGACCUACAAACAGAGGCUGCUGUUCGCCAAACUGUUUGGUCACCUGACGUCGGCCCGCAGAGCCAGGAAGUCUGAAGUCCCACAUUUUAGACUGAAGAAAGUUCAGAACAUUAAGAUGUGGCUGUCGCUGCGCUCCUACCUCAAGAGACGAGGUCCUCAGCGCUCAGUGGACGUCAUUGUGUCCUCUGCCUUCCUCCUCACUCUGUCAGUGGUCUUCAUCUGCUGUGCCCAGCUUCUCCACGUCCAUGAAACGUUCCUGGAGUAUCACUAUAACUGGGAGCUGGUGAUCUGGUGCACCAGUUUGUCUCUGUUCCUGCUCAGGUUUGUCACUCUGGGCUCAGAAACCAGCAAGAAGUACAGCAACACCUCCAUCCUGCUCACUGAACAGAUCAACCUCUAUCUAAAGAUGGAGAAGAAGCCGAACAAGAAGGAGGAGCUGACGCUGGUCAAUAAUGUCCUGAAACUGGCUACCAAGCUACUCAAGGAGCUGGACACUCCGUUCAGGUUGUACGGUUUGACCAUGAACCCUCUGCUCUACAACAUCACCCAGGUCGUCAUCCUGUCUGCUGUGUCAGGAGUCAUUUCUGACUUACUAGGAUUUAAUCUCAAGCUUUGGAAGAUCAAAUCAUGACAAUAAAGAGAAACUGCAUCUCAGUCUGGACAUAUCAGUUUCCUGACCUUCUAUGUUUCCACUUUGUGCAAUUCAGAUUAUUUAUUUACCCUCUCAGUGUUUCUACUUAAGUUUUGUUUUAAUUCUAGGUUGUACAACUUUUGUGUUCGUGUAACACAAGACGAAGCUAUUUUUGCCUUCUGGAAAACACGUUAUGAACAUAAGUUAUGUUCUCAGCUGCACAUUACCUUCUUUUUUCUUUUUUUUUUUUUUACCCAAAGGCAAAACAUGAAGAGGGUAACACUGUAUCUAUCUAAUGCUGAUAAUGGUUACAUAUCUGCAGCAAACAGUUUAAACCCCACAUUGUAGACAUUACAUUUCAUGACGGCGAUAGCGCUGUCUGGUGUAGCUGAGAAAAUAGAUCCAUGACUUGUUCUCACCUGGCAGAACACGGCAGCACUUCAACAAACAAUCAUUGAUUAAAACCAGAUUGUUUCAGGCCUCAGCAGUAUUUACAGCAAUACAUGUGUAGAUAGAGAACCUCUCCUUAUAUAGCUUAGGACAAAUAAAAACUGAGUGUGUUCUAACAAGCAGCAAAACCUUCGUUUUGUGUAAUUUGUAGAUAAACUUCAGCAGUUUCAGUCUCCUGGGCACAUUGAGGUUCUUGAACAGAGAGUUAGUUACUUUUAAAGAUGCUGUUUUAUGUUGUUCAGUGUUGAUCAAAGGCAUUUUUAUAUACUUCACUCGAUUUCACAGAUCUCUCUGCCGUACAGCCGGUCUGAGACAACGCAUGUUAGUAACGUCUGUAUGCAAAUGAGAAAUAUGCACUUUAACAUCAGAUUUUAUGGGGUAGAAAGUUACAAAUGUUUUUGUGGUCACAUUUCUAUGUACCUCACUUGUGUUGGAAGUAAACGCUAGCUAGCACUUUUCUAUUUUGACAAUUCAAAUCAUUCUCUGAAGGAAAUCCUACGUGGUACGUAAAGUUGUGAUUAGGAUGCUGACAUAAAAGAAGCCUCAAAACAAGUUCGAGUUGUAAAGUUGCUAGCGUUAUCAUUUAUGUCUCGAGAGCAUUUGAGGAGGAAGACCAAAGUGCUUAUUUAAUUGUUUUUGUCUCUGCUGGGAAAAGAAUGUAUUUUUAGCAUUAUGCUUUAAAAUGUAUUUAUUUCCCUUCAGAAAUACUUUGAGUAUUGUUUGGUUUUUAUUGACAUUUGUAACGGCUGUUUAUUCUUGACGUUCUGAAAGCAGAGGCAUGAUUUACUGUUUUUAAAACAAGCUUGAUUUAUAUGAAAGUGACUAAAGGUAUCAGACUAUGUUGUAAUGCUGUUUCUCAGAAAGUCUGAAUAUUUUAGCUUUUUUGUGUGUCUGAGCUCUACUUUUUUUUUUUU